AUGAUCUUAGACGGAGGAGGACCGGGGCCUGGGCGAGGUGGCGAUGACUUGAUGUUGAAUCUUGCCAAAAGGAGGCUGAGAUUAUUGCUAGUUGUGUUGAGGGCACAAACCCCUUCCGCCAAAUCGAAAAUUGGAAGUGUCUUGGCGGCAGAGUUGUGUGUGCAAACGAGGAUAGUCGAAAGCAAGCAGCAGCAACUUCAACAUCGACAUCAUCAAAUCCUGCCAAUCGUCGAAACGACACCCGAACUCUCCGACCUUCCCGAACUCAUAGUCGACACGGUUCCAUACCCAGCCAUUCAAGAUUUAGUUAAAGGUGGAAGUGCUGAUGAUGAUGGUCAAUGCAGGCUUAUUCCAAAGGCGGAUCGCAAGAAGAUUCACGAGUACCUCUUCCGAGAGGGUGUGAUGGUCGCUAAGAAGGACUACAACCUUCCUAAGCACACUGAGCUCGACGUCAAGAACCUCUUUGUCAUCAAGGCUUGCCAGUCGCUCACCUCCCGUGGCUACCUCAAGACCCAGUUCUCCUGGCAAUACUACUACUACACCCUCACCCCAGCUGGUCUCGACUACCUCCGUGAAUGGCUACACCUCCCAAGCGAGAUUGUUCCAGCUACCCACGUUAAGCAGCAGCGAAGCACCGCUCCACCACGCGGAAUGAUGGGUGGUGAUGACCGACGAGAGAGGAGAGGUGGUGACCGUGGUGACCGUGACGGUUACCGAAGACGGGACAAGGAGGGUGGUGCUCCAGGUGAAUUCAAGCCAGAAUUCCGUGGCGGAUUCGGCCGUGGACGUGGUGGUGCUCCCCCAGCAGCUACCCAGUAA